AUUUGUACUACUAUAAAACUUAGUCUCUCACUUCUUCUUUGCUCUCUCCGUCUAACUCCUAUCUCUUUCCGUCUUGCAUGCAGGCUCGCCAAAUGGCACACCCUGAGAAUAUAUUGGACAAGUUGAUUAAGAUUACAAUAGAGAAACUCGGAGUCAAAGAGGAUGAAGUAAAGGCUAAUUCCAGUUUUGUUGAGGAUUUCGGUGCUGAUUCUCUUGACACUGUGCAGAUGGUGGCGGCCAUAGAGGAGGCGUUUGGGAUUGAAAUAGAGGAUGAGAAAGUAGAGUCCAUGGUCACAGUUGAGAAAGCGGUUGAAGUCAUUGAGGAGCUACUGAAGGAAAAAGCUUAAUGGAACCAAAAAUGAAAAACUAAACCCCUUAUUUGAGAUUUUAUGUUGUUUUUUUUAACUAAGUAUUGCUUUGUAUUUGAUUUUCUUUCGUGUAAAACUUCUUUACUUCGCCCCUCUGAAUUUAUGGGGAAAUAAUUGGAUAUACCUUCUACUUUGCU